AUGGGAGUAUUUAACGAACAAUCUCUUGAUCAUCCUUUUGCUAAGGGAAUUCAGGGUGCUCCAGGAGUUGGAUUUAAUCUCACUUCAAGUGGGGAUUAUGAUAUGGUAAAUAAAAAACUAAGAAAUGUUGGUGCACCUAGUUCUAAUACUGAUGCUGCUACAAAAAAAUAUGUUGAUGAUAAUUCCAAUGGAUCACCCUCAACAUCACAACUAACAGUUGAUUCAAACAUUGAUAUGAAAGAUACAUACCGUAUUCAAAAUCUUAUCACACCACAGGAUUCUAAAGAUCCAGCAACAAAAUAUUAUGUAGACAACACAUUUCUUGACAGAGAUGGAUCUUACCCAAUGAAAGGAAAUCUAAAUAUGGACAACAAUCGAAUAUUUAAUCUACCAGCUCCAAAUGGUAGUAAUCAACCAACUCCAUUAGCUUUCACAGAUUUGAAGUAUCUUCACGUUAAUGGAACAAAUAAAAUGACUAAUAAUCUAAACAUGGAUAAUAAAAAAAUAAUUAACCUUAGACUACCAACAUCAGACACUGAUGCGACAAACAAAAAGUAUGUGGAUGAUGUAAUACCUAAUACUAGUUCUUUUAUAAAAAAAGAUGGAAGUGUUGUAAUGACUGGUAACUUAAAUCUUGCAAACAAAAAAAUAGUUAGUCUCGCAACUCCAACAGCAAACACAGAUGCAUCAACCAAAAAAUAUGUUGAUGAUACAGUUGCGGCAAAUAAAGUUAAUGAUAGUUCUUUUUUUAAAUCGGAUGGAUCAAGAAAAAUGACUGGUGCCAUAGAUAUGAAUAAUAACAGAAUAUUAAAUCUUCCAAUGCCAAAUGGCAAUAAUCAACCAACAACAUUAAUUUAUUCAAAUUCAAAUUAUCUUAGAAUUAAUGGAAGAAUACCAAUGUUUGGUGACUUGAAUAUGAAUUCAAAUAAAAUAAAAAAUGUUGCUUUACCAACAAAUAACUCUGAUGUAGCAACAAAAAAAUAUGUUGAUGAUAAUGCUGGAAGUCCAGAUUUAAGUGAUUACUUGGAAAAAGAUGGUACCAUCCCUAUGACUGGUAACCUAAAUCUUAACAACAAUAAAAUAGUUGGUCUCGCAACUCCAACAUCAAAUACUGAUGCUGCAACCAAAAAGUAUGUUGAUGAUAAUGCUGGAAGUCCAGAUUUGAGUACUUAUUUGAAAAAAGAUGGUAGCGUCACUAUGACUGGUGAACUUAAUGGUGGUGGUAAUAAAAUAAUAAAUAUUGGUAAACCACUCCAAAAUAGUGAUGCUGCAACCAAAUAUUAUGUUGAUAAACUAGUUCAUAGUACAGCAGUUCAACCAAGUCAUUACAACAACCAGUUUGCUUAUCUUAUGUCAAGUGGGUCUCAAUGGACUGAUGAAAUAGAUGGAGGAGUUAGUUUUGUUAUAAAUAGGAUAGAUAACUUACCACCAAACAAAGGCAACUUUCACGAUUAUAAUCACAAAGUUAUUUACAUGUAUAUAACGAAAAAUAGCAGUAAAUAUAAGUAUAAGAUGGGAAUUAAUUUUUACAGACUUGCCGCAAAUACUGAUUACACGUUGUGUUUGGAAAUACUCAACACAGAUUAUAAUCUUUGGAAUAAGUCUCAAAUAAGUGUUGACAAAGGAACUUCAAAAGGAUUAUCAAUUGGAAAUGUAGGUAUAAGAAAACUAUCCCAUAGGUAUACUGAUCCAACAGGGAAAAAACAAACUAUGUACUACCAUAGAAUAAUAGUUAAUUUCCGGAAGUUGUCAUCUGGUAAUAAGUUCUUUCUUCACAUUCUUGUUGAUAUUUCAAACAGAGGAUAUAACAUUGUUAAAUAUCCUCAAGUUUUUCAAGGCGUUUACAUAAUUGCUUAUGGUAUUUUGGGUACAUUUAGCAAUAUCGAUCCAGAUAAAGUUUACGAUUAUCACACCGCAUUUGAUAUUAAACCGACAGAAGUAGUGUAUAAUGUUGAUAUAAAUGCAAAUCAAAAUGAAAUUAAAAAUAUCAAACUUGACCGAAACAGUGAUAAUAGUGCUGCAACAGUUGCAAUG